AUGGCAAAUACGACAUAUCCCUCAUCUUCGGAUAACUCUUCCUUUUGGGAUGACAUUAUCGUAUCACCGUUAAGAGAUAGUGCACAAAGUAUAGAUUUUACUGCUGUCGAAAAUUUUGAGAAUGCUCCACCAGAGUCGAAAGAGAUAAUUGCUUCACCAGGUACAGAUGUUGUGGCUAUUGAUCAAGGUGCUGCUGUAGUAGUGGAGGAAGAUAAUACCACUGCAACGCUAGAUGUAGCAGCUAUGAAUGCAAGUGUAUUUCGUGGGAGAAAGAGAGCUAGAAGAACAUUUUGUGAUACUACCACGCUAACUUUUGAAAACUUUUCUGAAUAUUUUUAUCUGCCUUCUGAACAAGCUGCAGCGGAAUUGCAGGUUGGGCGCGAAGUUUUUAAGAAAAAGUGUAGGGAAGUGGGAAUUUCCUACUGGCCUUAUCGAAAACUCGUGAGUCUGGACAGAUUAUUGGCAAAAGUUCAGGUAAUUUCUAUAUUCCUAUAUCUUUUUCACCUUAACAUUUUCGAAGGGGGUUUAACAAAGUGUGAUAUAGGAAUUUGGUGA